AUGUCCAGGGCGGCCGAAUCCCUCGCUGAUCCAGAGAUCAAAGCAGAAUGGGAGAGGGAGACGGCAAGCACCUUGAAACAACUAGGAUUUCCUGUUGUUGAAGGCCCUACCAGCUUCAUGCACCUGCUACCAAAAGCAUCUACAUGCCUAACCCGCCGCUUGGCGGGCUUGGGCGAAUUUCUCCUGGAGCUGGAAAAAGCUGAAAAGGGUGAGGAGGCUGCGAAACCCAAAAAGGCAGCGCUAGGAGGUGCAGAGUCAAUUCUGUCGAAGACUUUUGGAUGCUAUAACCCAGUGCAUUCGGCUUGUUGUCUCUUGACAUUGACCAAGAUGCGAGCGGUCUAUAGUGCUAUGGAUACCAUCAGUGAUUCUUUGAGUGCCCUCCAAACGGAGGGCCUCAUGACUGGCUUUUAUGAGAUCGAAGGCAAAGUCAAAGUCGAAAUGGAGAACGCACGGCGCGUGCUGAUCGAAUCAUGGGAUGUGGAGAAUCGUGCGAGGAGUGCUUCAUGUUACCCUGGGUUCGAUGCUUUGAGACUCUGGGUUUACUUUGCAGGGCUUACGCAGGGCAUGGGGUCUGGCGUUUCCAUUUUGGGCUUUAGGGUUUCGGGCAUAUAG